ACCACUGUCUACAUCAAGCUACAUAUAUUUCAUUCUCUCUCUUUUUCAUGUCGGCGAUGGUGAUUAUGGAUCAAAACAUCGUAAUCGCAUUGGUGUCAUCUCUCCUGAUGUUGAUCUUGCGGCCAUUGAUUGUAGAUAUCAUCCUGGUAAGCAAAAAGAUCUGGGGAUUCUUGCGCACACUUACAAAAUACCUAGUGCAUGAUGGCACCCUUGCCGUCGACUCGAAGGUGCUUGAUGAUAGCCGCGCACCGCCAGUGCAACUAGUUGGCGGCGGCGAAUUGAGCUCUGGUGACAUAGAAAUUGUCACGACGAGGCUAGGUGUGACCGGGUGGAGGUACCAAGGGUGUGAAGGAAUUGGUGUCGUAGAUGAGUUGAUGGACGGUAAGCAAGCGAGCGAGGACGAGCUGGAGGAGGCCUUUUAUGUUUUUGACCGUAACGAGGACGGGUUCAUAUGCGCCGGAGAGUUGUGGAGCGUGAUGAGGAGGCUAGGGUGGAAAGAAGGGGCGAUAUAUGAGGAUUGUGUAAGGAUGAUCCGCGUCUUCGACGAGGAUGGAGAUGGGAAGAUCAGCUUCCUAGAGUUUAGAAAUAUGAUGGAGAAUGUCGUUUAGUUAACUACAACGCUUUUUGUUACCUUGCUUCCUUAAUGUAAUAAGUUGUAAAAUGUGGCAUGAAUAAUGUAUGUCAGUAUGCAAAUGUUUUCUCUUUAAUUGAGGCUUUUUACCUCACUAUU